AUGGAAAACGGGGGGGACGUCGCACAUGUACUCUCCGACGACUCGCACAGCGCGGAGAACCCCACGCAAAGGGGACAGCAAGGAGCACAAGGCGGCACAGCAGAAGAAGCUCCCGCACGAGACCUUCUCCGCCAGCAACGUCCACACUGCGUCGCGGAAGGGGUGAGAUGCAGCGUGAUCGCAGUGUUGCCCGGAAGGCUAAAGUGGGGGUUUCUUAGCUUCUCUCCGCACUGCAUCGCAUUCGACUUCCGAGCAACACAUGCGAAAAAAGAGUGA